CAUGAUUGAGAUGACAGUCAUUUCUUCUCGAAUCGUCGUCGUCGUCUGCUGCUUCCGCCGAUUUCCUUUCCCAUCCUGCGAGGAACCAAGCGAGGUUACUUGUCAAUUCCCCUCCCCAACAACGCCGUCUCUGCUCCGAUGAACCGAUCCACCGACAAUGGCAUCCCCCCAACUGUAGCCCCCGACGCCCCCGUGAGGCCUGUCUUCCUCACCAAGGCCCAGCGCGAGGAGCUCGCCCUAAAACGCCGCCAGGAGGAGGUCGCUGCCCAGAGACGCCGGCAGGAGCAGCUUCUCUCCCAUAAGCGCCCCUCGGAACCGUCUCCCAGCAACGGCAGGCCCCCCGAUUCAGACCGCCGGGACCGGGACCGGGACCGGGACCGGGACCGCGACCGCGACCGCGACCGCGAACGGGACCGGGACCGCGACAGAGAUCGGGAGCGCGAGCGGGAAAGAGACCGGCGCGAGCGGGACCGCGAGUCGGACAGGAGGAAUCGGGAUCGGGAUAGGGAGCGCGACGAGGGUCGGGAGCGUGCUAGGUUGGAAAAGCUGGCGGGGAGAGAGAGGGAGAAGGAGCUGGAAGCGAUUAAGGAGCAGUAUUUGGGGUCGAAGAAACCUAAGAAGAGGGUUAUUAAACCUAGCGAGAAGUUCAGGUUCUCGUUCGAUUGGGAGAACACGGAGGACACGUCGAGGGACAUGAACUUGCUGUACCAGAACCCUCACGAGGCGCAGCUGCUGUUCGGGCGAGGGUUUCGUGCUGGGAUGGACCGGAGGGAGCAGAAGAAGCUGGCCGCGAAGAACGAGAAGGAGCUGAGGGAGGAGAUUCGGAAGAAGGAGGGAGUUGAGGAGAGGCCCGAAGAGGCCCUGGCACAGAAGCAGAAGGAAGAAGCUGCUGAUUUGUAUGACGCGUUCGAUAUGAGAGUAGAUAGGCACUGGACCAAGAAGAAGCUCGAGGAGAUGACAGAGAGGGAUUGGAGGAUAUUCAGGGAGGAUCACAAUAUCUCCUACAAGGGCUCGAAGAUACCAAAGCCAAUGCGGAACUGGCCGGAGAGCAAACUUAGCCCCGAACUGCUCAAGGCCGUGGAGAGGGCUAAGUACGAAAAGCCAUCUCCUAUUCAGAUGGCUGCCAUCCCUCUUGGCCUGCAGCAGAGAGAUGUGAUAGGGAUUGCAGAGACGGGUUCAGGUAAGACCGCUGCCUUCGUGCUUCCUAUGUUGACUUACAUUUCGAGGUUGCCCCCAUUGACUGAGGAGAAUGAAGCCGAGGGGCCUUAUGCUGUUGUAAUGGCACCUACCCGUGAGCUUGCUCAGCAGAUUGAGGAGGAAACUAUGAAGUUUGCGCAUUAUAUGGGUGUCAGGGUGGUUUCUAUUGUUGGUGGGCAGUCGAUUGAGGAACAGGGUUUUAGGAUUAGGAAUGGUUGUGAGAUUGUGAUUGCGACUCCUGGGCGGUUACUUGAUUGCUUGGAAAGGCGGUAUGCAGUUCUGAAUCAGUGUAAUUAUGUGGUUCUCGAUGAGGCCGACAGGAUGAUUGAUAUGGGUUUCGAGCCACAGGUUGUGGGCGUGUUAGACGCCAUGCCCUCGAGCAAUUUGAAGCCUGAGAAUGAAGAUGAGGAGCUUGACGAGAAGAAAAUCUAUCGUACCACUUAUAUGUUUAGCGCGACGAUGCCGCCUGGGGUAGAGCGGCUUGCAAGAAAGUACUUGAGGAAUCCUGUUGUGGUUACCAUUGGCACUGCAGGAAAAGCAACUGACUUGAUAUCCCAGCAUGUGAUAAUGAUGAAGGAAUCAGAGAAGUUCUUCAAGCUGCAGAAGUUGCUGGAUGAUCUUGGUGAUAAGACUGCAAUUGUAUUUGUUAACACGAAGAAGAAUGCUGAUACCGUCGCCAAGAACUUGGACAAGGCGGGCUAUAAGGUGACCACUUUGCAUGGCGGCAAGUCACAGGAGCAGAGAGAGAUAAGUCUUGAAGGGUUUCGGUCAAAGAGGUAUACAGUUCUCGUGGCUACUGAUGUUGCUGGGCGUGGUAUCGACAUUCCCGACGUGGCCCAUGUCAUAAAUUAUGAUAUGCCGGGAACUAUAGACGCAUAUACUCAUCGUAUUGGACGAACAGGACGUGCGGGGAAGACUGGUGUGGCCACGACAUUCCUGACUCUAGGUGACAGUGACGUGUUCUACGAUCUCAAGCAGAUGCUUAUUCAGAGUAAUAGUCCAGUGCCUCCCGAGCUUGCAAGGCACGAGGCUGCCAAGUUCAAGCCUGGAUCAAUCCCCGACAGGCCUCCUCGACGGAACGACACUGUUUUCACUCACUAGGAUUAACAAGGUUUGAUUUGCCGUAGGAUUUUCCUGUUGGAGAAUUGAAUUUUCACAAUAUUUUUGGUGUUUCACUAUAUCAGACGUUUGGCAUUUACACAUAUUCUCUAAACAGGAAAUCAAUUCGCUCUGUUAAGUGCAGUAUAUAUCAGUUGAACUUUUCAUGUCACUCCCCUUAGUUGUGGUGAUCAGUCUCAUCUCUUAUUUUGAUGGAGUACGCUCAUUAGCUUUUCAUGGAGCAUA